AUGGUCAAGUUGAUGAACAAGUACAAAUUCAAGCAUAGUUUCUCGGCUAGUUACAACCCGUCUUCAAAUGGUCAAGCAGAAGCAUUUAACAAAGUGCUAUGCAAAAUCAUGAAGAAGAUAGUGACAAAGAAUAAAAGGGAAUGGCAUGAAUGCCUCCUAGCAGCUUUAUGGGCUUAUAGAACCACGGUUCAAAUACCUUCAUUAAGAAUUGCUACUCAAUUAACAGACCCAGAUGAAAAUGUGCAAGUCCAUCUAGCCGAGCUUGAAGCAUUAGAUGAAAAGCAGCUUGCUAUUCAACAAAAGCUCAAAAUUUACCAAGCCCAGCUGGAUUCCCGAAAUAUUCAGCUUGUUGAUUCGCGUUAG